GUCAAAUUCUUCUGUCAUCAACGUCAAAGUUUUUGAUUUCGUUCGUAUCUAUUUAAAAUCUUUUAUUUAAAUGAGGUGUUUAUUUUAAAGGAUCUGUGUUUAUUUGUACAAUAUUGCACAAAACUAUAAUAGCGUGUUAAAAGUUUAAUGAUGCAUUUGUGUGAUUAAUUCAAGUGAACAUAUAACUUUACAUAUUCCCUUGUUAUUGAACGAAUUUUGUAUUUGUUAUUGAUUUACGCGUUAUUCAGUAAUGGAUAUCAUCAAAACUCCUAAGUUGGAGAAUGUUCAACUACUGGACAAAUACAAUGUAAGAAACCCAUCAAAAGGCACGUUGUACUUCGCGACAACUCAUCUCAUAUUCGUCGAUCAUGACAUGAGGAAGGAGACAUGGAUACUCCUUAUGCAUAUCUCGUCAGUAGAGCGCCUCCCCAUCACCACGACAGGAUCACCGCUGCUCGUGCGCACUAAGACCUUCCAGUCAGUCUUCUUCGUCAUCCCGAGGGAACGGGACUGUCAUGAAAUGCAUCAGACAUUACUGCGACUCAGUCAACCAGUUCACAUAGAGGAGUUAUACUGCUUCCACUAUAAGUCGACACCUGACGACUUGCCUAAGUCAGCAGGCUGGAACUUCUUCGACAUCCAGACGGAGUACCAGCGGAUGAAUGUUCCUAAUGAGCACUGGGUGCUUUGCAAUGCUAAUAGGAAUUAUGAGUUGUGCGACACGUACCCGAGCGAGGUGUACGUGCCGGCGCGCGCGAGCACCGCGGUGCUGCUGGGCAGUGCCAGCUUCAGGUCUCGCGGCCGUCUGCCCGCGCUCGCCUACCUGCACCACAACAAGGCUGCGAUAGCGCGAUGCAGUCAGCCUCUAAGCGGAUUUUCUGCUAGAUGUAUGGAAGAUGAACAGAUGCUGGAUUUGAUACGACGAGCGAACCCGAACUGUGGUUACAUGUAUGUGGUAGACACCAGACCUAGGAUCAACGCAAUGGUGAACCGCGCCGCGGGCAAGGGAUAUGAGAACGAGGCGUUUUACGAAAACAUAAAGUUCCAAUUUAUGGGCAUCGGCAAUAUACACGUUAUGAGGAAAAGUCUACAGAAACUUGUGGAAACUUGCGAACAGAAUACACCCUCUAUGUCAUCAUUCCUGAGUGGCUUAGAGUCUUCAGGCUGGUUGAAGCAUAUCAAGUCGAUACUGGAGACGUCGUGGUGGAUAGCGAGCGCGGUGUCGUCGGGCGUGAGCGUGUGCGUGCACUGCAGCGACGGCUGGGACCGCACCGCGCAGGCCUGCUCGCUCGCCGCGCUCUGCCUCGACCCCCACUACCGCACUAUUAAUGGAUACCAGGCGCUGAUAGAGAAGGACUGGUUGUCGUUCGGGCAUAAGUUCGCGGCGCGCUGCGCGCACGUGGCGGGCGACGGCCGCGAGCGCGCGCCAGUCUUCACGCAGCUGCUCGACUGCACGUGGCAGCUGUUCCGCCAGGCGCCGCAGGCGUUCCAGUUUAACGAGAGGUUUUUGCUGACGCUACACGACCACGCCCACGCCUGCCAGUAUGGAACAUUUAUUGGCAACUGCCAGAAAGAUAGACGAGAUCUCAGGUUGUCUGAGCGCACGUUCUCUCUGUGGGGCUACAUGGCGAGUCACUUGAGCGAGUACAAGAACCCCCUCUACAACCCCAAAGCGCACCCCGACCUGCUCAAACCAGACCUCAAUGCGCAGAGCAUACGUUUCUGGCGCGGCAUGUACUGCCGGCACGAGGGCGGCGUACACCCGCGCGAGCCGCUCGCGGACCUGCUGCCCGCCGCCGUGCAGCACGCCUCCGCACUCGACUACCACAUCACAUACCUCGCUAAGAGAAUUUCGACGUUCAAGAAUCUUCUAUCAGGAAGAAAAGAGAAGAGCAGAGAGAAAGACUCGGCAGUUGUCAAUUAUCAGAACGGCAAUAUUGACACAGUUGACAUUGAAACUAAAACUGAAAAUCUGCAAAUUGACAACAAGUUACUAUAUGAGUCCAGUGGCGGCCUCUCGGAGCUAGAGUGCGCUAACCACGACCACCCUCUCAAGGAAGCUGCGCCCGCGAACAAGCCCAAUAACAUACCGCUUAUCACCGAGAGGGUGGAGGACUCAGUGCCGGCCAGUUUGGCGGCGCUGGAGAGCGAGGUGCACUCGGUGGCGCUGGACUGGAAGAGCCUCAAGAACGUCACCGAGUGCAGCUGCUCUACGCCGCUAGACCACUACAGCAGGAAGCAUCAUUGCUGGGGCUGCGGGCGCUGCGUGUGCACGCGCUGCGUGUGCCGGCGCGCGCCGCUGCCCGCGCUCGCCGCGCCGCGCCACGCCCCGCUCUGCGCCGCCUGCGCGCCCACCACGCCCGCCACGCCCGAUGUGGUAACACCAGCCAAUUAGAAAAGAGGCUAUAAAAAAAAAUGCUACAAAGUAUUUUUAAUGAAGUAAAUAAAAGUGUAAAUAUUAUUUAAGGUUAACUGCAUUUAAUUUUUUAGUGAAGCGAAAUUUAUGACUUUAGAAAUAUUCAAAAUGUCUUUCGGACGUAUUUUGCUUUAAACUAUUAGAAAUGUGUUUGUAUAUUUUCAUAUAAUCAAUGUAUAGUAUAAACUUAAAUGAGAAACCAAGAAAAGCAUAAUGAAAAAAAUUAAGAUGGAGGCCACCAGUACCGCGGCCGUUACGCAAAGGGUUGCUCAUUGUCAUAACUGGGGGUCUAGCACAAAAAAUUGCGAGAAUACAUUCGUAACAUCGACAUUUAUAUAAGAUUGGCGCAACGCCAUAUAAGGUACAAUGUAGUAAAAACUUGAAUCUAUUUGGCAAUGACGUUACGAAUACUAUAUUGCAAAUUUUCGUGCUAGAUCCUCAGUUAUACCUGACACUUGAAAACAUAUUGUUACUCAUAUUCUGGUUGGAAGAAAGACACAUGUAGUUAUGCGGGCGAAUGAUGCUGUUUUACCGACGUAAGAGCUAUGACGUCACAAUAUGGCGGCUUAUGCACAUUCUUGUUUGUAAUUUAUUAUAUUUACUCAUAACUGUUAAUCAUAAGUUACCUAUAUUAUGAUCUGGCUGCCAUUUCAAAUUACUAACUAAACGAUUAUUAGUAU